AUGACCUGGAUUCGUGUAUAUUUUCUAAUUAUUUUAUUAUAUUCAUCAACCUAUUGUAAAAAUGAUUAUAAUUCUUAUGAAAAUGAUGAAGAAGAAGAUACGAAACGAUUCAAUUAUUUAGAUCAUUCAUUAAAAGAAGAAAUGAUGAAUGGGGAUGGUUCAUAUUAUGGUUCAUAUGGUAAUGAAGAACAACAAUCGGAAAAUAAUGAACAAGGAUCUGAGAAUACAGAAAACAAUUACAAUACAAAAUAUGAAAAUGAAGGAGAAGAAACAGAAAAUGGUUCAGGUAAUUCUGAUUCUAAUGAAUCUGAUAAACAGCCUGAUAAUGAUAAUUAUGGUUCAACUUAUCAAAAUGAUUAUGAAUCAAAUUCUAAUAAUGAGGAUAAUAAUAGUGAUAAUGGUGAUGAGGACACUGGUAAUAAUAAUGGUGAUGAUGAUAAUGGUAAUAGCAAUGGUAAUGAUAAUGAUGAAAACAGUUAUACUAGAAAAAGAUAUGUGAAAGACAUGUUGAAAAAGAGACAAAACAAACAAAACGGAAAGAAAUACUAUCCUGAUGAAUCAGAUGACAAUAGUAAUAAUGAUGAUUACAAUAGACCAAAUCGUAACAAUCGUAACGAUAAUAAUAAUGGUGAGGUGAAUUCUAAUGACUACAAUGAAUAUAAAAGUAAAACGAAAAGAGGACUACGAAAAAAUAAAUAUAGAAGAGAAUCAGAUGAAACAGACAACACUGAUGGUAAUAAUGAUGAUUCAUACAGAAAAUAUCCAUCAAGUAAUACACGAGAUAAAUAUCCAUCAAAGAAAAAAAGACCUAAUGGUAAACGUUACGAAUCAAAUAACAAUGGUGAUGAUGAUAAUGAUGAGGGUAAAAAUAGAGAAAACAAUGAUAAUUAUAGGAAAAAACCUAAAAAACCAACUAGACGAAGGAAGAAAUACACAACGAGUAAUGAUGAUAAUGGUAAUGAGGAUAAUGAUGAUGGAGAAAAUGAAAAUCGAAAGAAAUAUCAGCCGGCCGACAAGCGGAAAAAAGGGAGUUCAAAGAGAAAUAUCUAUAGACGUAAAAACUACGACUCAGAUACCGAGGAGGAUGCUCCACAGAAGAGAAAACGUAAAAAGAAUUCUAAUAAACGUAAAUAUGAUAAUGACAAUGGAAAAGAUGAUGGUAAUGAUGAUACUUAUUAG